GAAAGAGUUUCAUCAGAUUGAAAAUCGUUGGAAUAGGCGUCUUGAUAAACGCCGUUUCUUUCGUUUGAAUUUCGAAAUUUGAAGUUUUUUUUUUUCCCGAGAAAAACAGUGAAAAUGAGAGAGUGCAUAUCGAUCCACAUUGGUCAGGCCGGUAUUCAGGUCGGAAAUGCAUGCUGGGAACUUUACUGCCUCGAGCAUGGCAUUCAGCCUGAUGGCCAGAUGCCAAGCGACAAGACAGUUGGAGGAGGUGAUGAUGCAUUCAACACCUUCUUCAGCGAAACUGGAGCAGGAAAGCACGUCCCUCGUGCUGUCUUUGUGGAUCUUGAGCCUACUGUCAUUGAUGAAGUCAGGACAGGAACAUACAGGCAGCUCUUUCACCCUGAGCAGCUCAUCAGUGGCAAAGAGGAUGCAGCCAACAACUUUGCCCGUGGACAUUAUACAAUUGGGAAGGAGAUAGUUGAUCUCUGCUUGGAUCGUAUCAGGAAGCUUGCCGAUAACUGUACUGGUCUUCAAGGUUUCCUGGUUUUCAAUGCUGUUGGUGGUGGAACUGGUUCAGGUCUUGGGUCACUUCUGCUGGAGCGUCUCUCUGUGGACUAUGGCAAGAAAUCAAAACUUGGUUUCACCAUUUAUCCAUCACCACAGGUCUCAACAUCUGUGGUCGAACCUUACAACAGUGUCCUGUCAACUCACUCCCUUCUUGAGCACACUGAUGUCGCAGUUCUUCUUGACAAUGAGGCUAUCUAUGACAUUUGCAGGCGCUCAUUGGACAUUGAGCGCCCCACAUACACAAAUCUGAACCGCCUUAUUUCACAGGUUAUUUCUUCAUUGACUGCUUCUUUAAGGUUUGAUGGAGCCCUGAAUGUUGAUGUGAAUGAAUUCCAGACCAACCUUGUUCCCUACCCCAGGAUUCAUUUUAUGCUUUCAUCCUAUGCUCCUGUCAUUUCAGCUGAGAAAGCCUACCACGAGCAGCUGUCAGUUGCUGAGAUCACCAACAGUGCUUUUGAGCCAUCUUCUAUGAUGGUCAAGUGUGAUCCUCGCCACGGCAAGUACAUGGCUUGCUGCCUUAUGUUCCGUGGUGAUGUUGUGCCAAAGGAUGUGAAUGCUGCUGUGGCUACCAUCAAGACUAAGCGCACCAUCCAAUUUGUUGACUGGUGCCCUACUGGAUUCAAGUGUGGUAUCAACUAUCAGCCACCAACUGUUGUUCCUGGAGGUGAUCUUGCCAAGGUGCAAAGGGCUGUAUGUAUGAUAUCCAACUCAACCAGUGUUGCUGAAGUCUUCUCACGCAUUGAUCACAAGUUCGAUCUGAUGUAUGCCAAGCGUGCUUUUGUGCACUGGUAUGUUGGUGAGGGUAUGGAGGAAGGUGAGUUCAGUGAAGCACGUGAAGAUCUGGCUGCUCUGGAGAAGGAUUACGAGGAGGUUGGUGCUGAAUUGGAUGAAGGAGAAGAUGAUGAUAAUGAGGAAUACUAAAAAUGUGAUGCACUGCUUUUGUCUGUUGUGUUAUUUUGUUCAGUGUUCUUCAGUUGCUGCCUUUUAGAUACAUCCACUGCUAUUUUGUAUUUCAAUGGUGUCUUGCAUGCUGAAAUGACUUCUGCUGCUAUGAAAGUUAAAACGUGCUUGUUUGUGUAA